CUUUCUACACAACCCAUAUACUGGAUAUUAUUAUUAUAUUUCUUUAAUUUAUUUUUCUUUCCCUUCCUUUUCCUCAGUUUCUUCGAUUUGUUGAUCUGCUUUUUUUUUGGGUGAGAAAUAAGUUACUGUUGAUCGGUCACUCAUGAGUUAGCUCAUGGCCUCCAAUCUUUCAUUCGCAAUCCUAGUGAGAGAGAAGAGAGAGAACGUUUUCGAUUUCGAUGUCGAUUCCUCUAGGCUGAAAGAUAGUUAAUUUGUAUAAUUUCCUAUGUAUAGAUUAUAGGCUGGGGAUAUAGAAACCCAUCAGAUAUAAUUUGUGGGUUCGUUUGUUUUUGGCAUGGGGUGUUUUCCAUGCUUUGAUUCAUCAAACAAAGAGGGAAAUGGUGUAAAGGAAGUGUCUAAAAAGGAUAUUGGGAAAGAAGGUUCGGCUCCUCAUCAAUCUCAUCAUGUCAAUAGGGUUAGUUCAGGAAAAUCAAAAUCCCGUGUUAGUUUGGAUCCUAAGAAGGACCAGAUGGUUACAAAAGAUGGACAAACAGCAAACAUUGCAGCACAAACGUUUACUUUUCGUGAGCUUGCUGCAGCAACAAAGAACUUUCGCCCUGAGUCUAUGUUAGGAGAAGGUGGUUUUGGGCGUGUUUACAAAGGUCGUUUGGAUAGCACAGGACAGGUAGUUGCUGUGAAGCAGCUUGAUAGAAAUGGUCUUCAAGGGAAUAGAGAGUUUUUGGUGGAGGUUCUUAUGCUUAGCCUGUUACAUCACCCAAAUCUUGUGAAUUUGAUAGGUUAUUGUGCAGAUGGAGAUCAACGCCUCCUAGUUUAUGAGUUUAUGCCUUUGGGAUCACUUGAAGAUCAUUUACACGAUCUUCCACCAGACAAAGAACCUUUAGACUGGAACACAAGAAUGAAAAUUGCUGCUGGUGCAGCAAAAGGUCAGCUCACCUUGAAAUCCGAUGUUUACAGCUUCGGUGUUGUCUUCCUUGAACUUAUAACUGGAAGAAAAGCCAUCGACAAUACCCGUGCUCCUGGAGAACACAAUCUUGUUGCUUGGGCACGACCACUUUUCAAGGACAGGAGGAAGUUUCCAAAAAUGGCGGAUCCAUUAUUGCAAGGGCGUUAUCCAGUGAGGGGACUUUACCAAGCACUUGCAGUUGCAGCAAUGUGUUUACAAGAACAAGCUGCAACAAGACCUCUGAUUGGUGAUGUUGUGACUGCUUUAACAUACUUAGCCUCUCAACCCUACGACCCUGAAGCGGCUCGAGCCGAGAGAAGUGCCAGAGGCAGCGGCUCAGGUACACCCAGGAGCCGAGCUGACCGGAGGAACCCCAGUGAUGGUGGUCUUGAUGACUCCUCCAUGCCUCGGGCCCAUGGUUCGCCUUCCACUUACAAGAACUCACCUGAGUACAGAAAGAGGGAGUCUUUGAGAGAGAUCAACACCCGUGGUGCUGAUCUUGCGGAUGGUGAAACCAGUAAUGGUGGUGGUGGCUCUGGCCGGAAAUGGGGGGUGGUGGAGGAUUCUGAUUCUCAGAGGAACAGUCCGGCCAAUACCAGUAGCAGAGGCCGGAAUCGGGAUCUUGAGAGGGAGCGGGCGGUGGCCGAGGCUAAAGUUUGGGGGGAGAAUUGGAGAGACAGAAAGAGAACAAACACAACUAGUGGUGGUGGUAGUGGUAGUGGUGGUGGUGGCGGCGGUGGUGGUAGUUUUGAUGCUACAAACGAGUGAUGGGGUUGAAGAUAAGAGAGGGGAAGUGCAGUUGGGAGGGGUGUUGACUUUUGUAAAAAAAAAUUAAGAUUUGCUUUGACUGUUUAUGCAACCUUCGUAAUUAUAUCAUGGAUUUGAGUUUAAAAAAAAAAGCUUGGUGGCUCGUGGGUGGG